AUGACGAAGGGCCCCGCAGCAACGCAGGGGUCGGCUACAGCAGAGACGGUGGCAGCGGGACCCGAGGGCCCCGUGGCAAAGCAGGCGGCGAUCACACUGGCUUCAAGGGCGGGGGCGGGAGCGGCGCCGGGAGCCGACUGGUCCGCACCAAGCAGGCUGACAAAGAUGUUAACAGAUCGAGCCCAGAAAUCUCUGGAUCCCUUGAAGUUACCAGAAGGAUUUCAAAGCAAAGUGGUUGCACCUCGCAAUGCAAAGCUGGUUAGAGAAGAAAAGAAGGAUGCUCCACUAACACCAUCUGCUUUCCUGAAAGAGAUGUCUCUCACAACGGAACAAAGACUGGCAAACACCCAUGAAAUGCGUUUGCCUCGCAUUGUCCAGCUUUUGGACAUGAGUGAAACCUCACACCAGAAAUUCUCCUCAGUUGAUCUGGACCGGACUCUGUUUCAACCAUUCCCAUCGGAAGUGAUUUUUCAGAACUAUGCCCCUUGUGAGCUCUACGAAGUACCACUGAUUCUGAGGAACAAUGACAAGAUCCCACGGCUCGUGAAAGUUGUUUUGGAGAGUUCACCUUACUUCCGAGUCAUCAGCCCCAAUGAUGUGUGCAACAAAGUUGCACCCGGCAUGCCAUCAACAUUCCGCAUUCUCUUCACUCCUGAGGAAAACAAGGAUUAUUUCCACGAAGUAACCUGCAUUACUGAAAGGGAAAAAUUCAUUGUCCCUAUCCGAGCAAUUGGUGCCAGAGGCAUUUUGGAUUUCCCAGACCAAUUGAAUUUCUCCAUGUGUCCUGUCAAGUACAAUACACAGAAAACCCUGCUUGUUCGGAACAUUGGCAACCGAGAGGCCCGCUACCAGAUUACCACCCAGAGACCAUUUUCUGUCAAACCCUCCAUUGGGACCCUCGGAGUAAAUGAAACCACUCAAUUCACUAUUGACUUUUAUCCAGAAAAAAGUGGAAACCACUGUGAAGACCUUGCUGUCCAUUAUGAUACAGGAGAGGAUAUUCAUGUCAGUUUAUAUGGAGGUGCUACAGAUGUCAACGUGAGGCUGGAUAAGAACUCCUUGACAAUUGAGAAGACUUAUAUCACUUUAGCAAACAAGAGGUCCGUAGUCAUACACAACCGGAGUGAUAUCAUUGCACAUUUUCAGUGGAAGGUGUUUGCAACACAAGAAAAGGAAGAAGAGAAAAAACAGAAGAUGUGUCAAACCCUGAAGGCUGAACAAAACGGAAUGCUCGAUCAGCUUCUGAUGGAAUGUCAUAUGAAUCCAGCGCUUCGUGAGCAUCUUUCCAUUGUCACCCGUACCUUUGAGAACCGUCGGGCAACUGUCCAUGAAGAUGUGAUGCUCUUCAGCAAUAAAGUCUUCUCCAUUGAGCCUCUG